GGCGCGGCCCGGCCUGGUUGUGGAGCUCAGGCUGCGGCUGCGCUCGAGCGCCGCAGGUGACCUGGGCCCGGAGCCGGGUGCUCUGGGCCGCGGCUGAGCAGCAGGGGAGUGGACUGGACGCGGGCCGUCAGGGCCCGGCGUUCUCGGAGCUGAGGGGAAGCGCGAAGGGCCCGAGGCUCCCUGUGACGACUGGCGGCGCUCGCGGGCCUCGGCAUGUUCCGCCGCGCGGCGCUUCUGCUCCCGCCGGUGGGCUGAGGAGGCGGCGGCCACCCGGGCGCGAUGCUCCUGCGGGACUCGGCGUAGAGGGCCGCCCCGCCGCCCGCGGGAGAGCUUCGGCCGCCGAGCCCGGGCGGGCACUGCGGCGACGGUGGGCGCCCCGACAUGGCGGCCCGGAGCGCCCCGAGCUGCCACCUGCGGCUCGAGUGGGUGUACGGAUACCGGGGCCACCAGUGCCGCAACAACCUCUUCUACACUGCGGCCAAGGAAAUCGUGUACUUCGUGGCAGGGGUCGGCGUGGUGUACAGCCCGCGGGAGCACCGGCAGAAGUUCUACCGGGGCCACAGCGACGACAUCAUCAGUCUUGCACUGCAUCCUGAACGAGUAUUGGUAGCCACAGGACAAGUUGGGAAAGAGCCUUAUAUCUGUGUUUGGGAUUCAUACACUGUGCAGACCAUAUCAGUUCUAAAGGAUGUUCAUACACAUGGUAUAGCUUGUUUAGCAUUCGAUUUAGAUGGACAGCGUUUGGUUUCAGUUGGACUUGAUUCAAAGAAUGCAGUUUGUGUUUGGGACUGGAAACGAGGGAAAAUGUUGUCCAUGGCUCCUGGUCACACAGACAGAGUAUUUGAUAUAUCUUGGGAUUUGUACCAGCCAAAUAAGCUUGUCAGCUGUGGUGUAAAACAUAUCAAGUUCUGGAGUUUGUGUGGAAAUGCUCUGACCCCCAAACGAGGAGUCUUUGGUAAAACAGGUGACCUUCAAACAAUAUUGUGCCUAGCCUGUGCACGGGAUGAGUUAACGUAUUCUGGUGCACUCAAUGGGGAUGUAUAUGUUUGGAAAGGAAUCAAUCUUAUACGAACAAUACAAGGAGCCCAUACUGCAGGAAUUUUUAGUAUGAAUGCUUGUGAAGAAGGCUUUGCUACCGGUGGUAGAGAUGGCUGUAUUCGUCUUUGGGAUUUAACUUUUAAACCGAUUACUGUGAUUGAUCUCAGGGAAACAGACCAGGGAUACAAAGGUUUAUCUGUGAGGAGUGUUUGUUGGCGAGGUGACCACAUUUUAGUUGGAACACAAGACAGUGAAAUUUUUGAAAUUGUUGUACAUGAAAGAAAUAAACCUUUCCUAAUUAUGCAAGGGCAUUGUGAAGGUGAACUCUGGGCACUGGCUGUUCAUCCUACUAAACCUUUGGCUGUGACUGGCAGUGAUGACCGUUCAGUCAGGAUCUGGAGCCUCGUAGAUCAUGCUUUAAUAGCACGGUGUAAUAUGGAAGAACCGAUUCGAUGUGCUGCUGUAAAUGUUGAUGGAAUCCAUCUUGCCCUUGGAAUGAAGGAUGGCUCAUUCACUGUCCUUAGAGUAAGAGAUAUGACUGAAGUUGUACAUGUUAAAGACAGGAAAGAAGCAAUUCAUGAGUUAAAGUAUUCACCAGAUGGAACUUACCUUGCUGUUGGCUGCAAUGACAGCUCAGUUGAUAUUUAUGGAGUUGCUCAGCGUUAUAAAAAAGUUGGAGAAUGUGUUGGAUCACUCAGUUUCAUUACUCAUCUGGACUGGUCUUCAGACAAUAGAUAUUUACAGACAAAUGAUGGAAAUGGAAAAAGACAUUUUUAUAGAAUGCCAGGAGGAAAAGAAGUGACAAAUAAAGAAGAAGCAAAAGGUGUUCACUGGGCUUCAUGGACAUGCGUUUCAGGCCUUGAAGUCAAUGGAAUAUGGCCCAAGUAUUCAGAUAUCAAUGAUGUAAAUUCAGUAGAUGGAAAUUAUGUUGGCCAAGUGUUAGUUACAGCUGAUGACUAUGGAAUUGUAAAAUUAUUCCGAUAUCCAUGUCUAAGAAAAGGGGCCAAGUUUAGAAAAUAUAUUGGCCAUUCAGCUCACGUAACUAAUGUCAGAUGGUCACAUGAUUAUCAGUGGGUUAUUUCUAUUGGUGGAGCAGAUCACUCUGUCUUUCAGUGGAAAUUUAUUCCUGAAAGAAAAUUAAAGGAUGCUCUUCAUAUAGCACCCCAAGAAAGUCUGGCUGAGUCUAACAGUGAUGAAUCUGAUUCAGAACUCUCGGACGUUCCAGAGCUGGAUUCUGAAAUUGAACAAGAGACACAGCUUACCUACCAUCGACAGGUUUACAAAGAAGAUCUACCUCAGCUUAAAGAGCAAUGCAAAGAGAAACAGAAAAGUUCUACUUCUAAACGAAGAGAACGGGCUCCUGGAAAUAGUAUUCGGUUACACUUUGUUCAUGGUUACAGAGGUUAUGACUGUCGAAGUAAUCUGUUCUACACUCAAAUUGGUGAAAUUGUGUACCAUGUGGCAGCAGUGGGUGUCAUUUAUAAUCGGCAGCAGAAUACACAGCGUUUUUACUUGGGUCAUGAUGAUGAUAUUCUGUGUCUGGCUAUUCAUCCUCUGAAAGACUAUGUGGCAACAGGCCAGAUAGGUAGAGAUCCCUCAAUUCACAUAUGGGAUACAGAGACUAUUAAACCCUUGUCAAUAUUAAAGGGCUACCAUCAAUAUGGCAUCUGUGCUGUUGAUUUUUCAGCGGAUGGAAAACGUUUGGCUUCAGUUGGAAUAGAUGAUAGCCACACUAUUGUGCUAUGGGACUGGAAGAAAGGAGAGAAACUUUCAGUAGCAAGAGGAAGUAAAGAUAAGAUUUUUGUUGUAAAAAUGAACCCCUACGUGCCUGAUAAACUCAUUACAGCUGGAAUUAAACACAUGAAAUUUUGGCGUAGAGCAGGGGGAGGAUUGAUUGGAAGAAAAGGCUACAUAGGCACACUGGGGAAAAAUGACACCAUGAUGUGUGUGGUAUAUGGAUGGACUGAAGAGAUGGCUUUUUCUGGAACAUCCACAGGAGAUGUGUGCAUUUGGAGAGAUGUCUUUCUUGUAAAAACAGUUAAAGCACAUGAUGGGCCAGUGUUCAGUAUGCACGCACUGGAAAAAGGAUUUGUAACUGGAGGAAAAGAUGGUGUAGUAGCUCUUUGGGAUGACUCUUUUGAAAGAUGCCUCAAGACCUAUGCUAUAAAAAGAGCUGCUUUAGCCCCAGGAUCUAAAGGUCUUCUCUUAGAAGAUCACCCAUCUAUACGUGCCAUAUCAUUAGGACAUGGUCAUAUUUUAGUUGGCACAAAGAAUGGUGAAAUAUUAGAAGUGGAUAAAAGUGGCCCAAUAACGCUUCUGGUCCAGGGACACAUGGAAGGAGAGGUGUGGGGUUUGGCUACACAUCCUCAUCUGCCCAUCUGUGCUACUGUAAGUGAUGAUAAAACCUUAAGAAUAUGGGAUCUCUCUCCUAGUCACUGUAUGUUGGCUGUCCGGAAACUGAAAAAGGGUGGAAGGUGUUGCUGUUUUUCUCCUGAUGGAAAAGCUUUAGCUGUAGGUCUCAAUGAUGGAAGUUUCUUAAUGGCAAAUGCAGAUACUCUAGAAGAUCUUGUGUCUUUUCACCACAGAAAAGAUGUUAUUUCAGAUAUCCAGUUUUCACCUGGUUCUGGGAAGUAUCUGGCUGUGGCCUCUCAUGACAGCUUCAUAGACAUAUAUAAUGUGAUGAGUAGUAAGCGAGUCGGGAUAUGCAAAGGAGCCACCAGUUACAUCACCCACAUUGAUUGGGAUGUUAGAGGAAAGCUUUUACAGGUCAACACUGGUGCUAAAGAACAGCUAUUCUUUGAAGCUCCCAGAGGGAAAAAACAAAGCAUCCCCUGUGUGGAGGUGGAAAAAAUUAGUUGGGCUUCAUGGACAAGUGUGCUUGGUUUAUGUUGUGAGGGAAUUUGGCCAAUUAUUGGAGAAGUCACAGAUGUAACUGCCUCUUGCCUCACCAGUGACAAAAUGGUCCUAGCUACAGGGGAUGAUUUGGGAUUUGUGAAGUUAUUUAGAUAUCCAGCUAAGGGAAAAUUUGGGAAAUUUAAGAAGUAUGUGGCUCAUAGUACACAUGUCACAAAUGUUCGCUGGACCUAUGAUGACAGUAUGCUGGUUACCCUGGGAGGUGCAGAUACGUCUUUAAUGGUAUGGACAACUGAAACGGAGAGCUAUCGAGAAAGAAAGCCUUGUGAUAGUGAAGAAUCUGACAUCGAUUCUGAAGAAGAUGGAGGCUAUGACAGUGAUGUCACAAGAGAGAAUGAAAUCAGUUACACCAUCAGAGCCUUAUCAACUAAUAUUCGCCCAAUGCUUGGAGUCAAGCCUCAUUUGCAACAAAAAGAACCAUCAAUUGAUGAGAGACAGGGGGUAGUAAGAGGUUCCAGGCCCCCAGUGAGUAGGGCCCCACCACAGCCAGAGAAACUUCAGACAAACAACGUUGGCAAGAAAAAGAGACCCAUAGAGGACCUUGUGUUGGAGCUUGUUUUUGGCUAUCGAGGCAGAGAUUGCAGGAAUAAUGUGCACUAUUUAAAUGAUGGUGAUGAUAUAAUUUAUCAUACUGCCUCUGUUGGAAUUCUGCACAAUGUUGCCACAGGGACUCAGAGUUUCUAUCAGGAACAUAAUGAUGACAUUCUGUGCCUCACUGUGAAUCAGCAUCCCAAAUUUAUCAACAUAGUGGCAACUGGCCAAGUAGGUGAUUCAGCAGACAUGUCAGCUACUGCCCCUUCUGUCCACAUCUGGGAUGCAAUGAACAAGCAGACUCUGUCAAUACUAAGAUGCUACCAUUCAAAGGGUGUGUGUUCAGUCAGCUUCAGUGCUACUGGAAAACUCCUGCUGUCAGUAGGACUAGACCCGGAACAUACUGUCACCAUUUGGAGAUGGCAGGAAGGGGCCAAAAUUGCCAGCAGAGCUGGGCACAACCAACGUAUUUUUGUAGCAGAAUUCCGACCAGAUUCAGAUACCCAGUUUGUCUCUGUGGGAAUAAAACAUGUGAAGUUCUGGACCCUGGCAGGAAGGGCUCUUCUCAGCAAAAAAGGGCUGCUGAGUACUCUGGAUGAUGCCCGGAUGCAGACCAUGCUUGCUGUUGCAUUUGGUGCAAAUAACUUGACGUUUACAGGUACCAUCAGUGGUGAUGUUUGUGUGUGGAAAGAGCACAUACUGUGUAGAGUGGUGGCUAGAGCUCACAAUGGGCCUGUGUUCGCCAUGUACACCACCCUGAGAGAUGGACUUAUUGUGACUGGUGGCAAAGAAAGGCCGUCAAAAGAAGGAGGAGCAGUCAAACUGUGGGAUCAGGAACUGAGGCGAUGCCGGGCCUUCAGACUUGAGACAGGACAAGUCACAGAUUGUGUUCGGUCUGUGUGCAGAGGCAAAGGCAAGAUACUAGUUGGGACAAGGAACGCUGAAAUAAUUGAAGUCGGAGAGAAAAAUGCAGCCUGUAGUAUUUUAGUUAAUGGUCAUGUGGAUGGGCCAAUCUGGGGAUUAGCAACACAUCCUUCCAGGGAUUUUUUCCUUUCUGCUGCAGAAGAUGGGACAGUGAGACUCUGGGAUAUUGCUGAUAAAAAGAUGCUAAACAAAGUGAAUUUGGGACAUGCUGCUCAGACUGUGUGUUACAGCCCUGAAGGGGACAUGGUGGCAAUUGGCAUGAAAAAUGGAGAAUUUAUUAUUUUACUUGUGAGCUCUCUAAAAAUAUGGGGAAAGAAGAGAGACAGGCGAUGUGCAAUUCAUGAUAUCAGAUUUAGCCCAGAUUCCCGGUAUUUGGCAGUGGGUUCUAGUGAGAACUCAGUGGACUUUUAUGACCUAACAUUGGGCCCUACCCUUAACAGAAUCAGCUACUGCAAAGACAUUCCGAGCUUUGUCAUUCAAAUGGACUUCUCUGCAGACUGCAGAUAUCUCCAGGUUUCUAGUGGCUGCUAUAAACGGCAUGUCUAUGAAGUGCCUUCAGGAAAACAUGUUGUGGAUCACGCUGCCAUUGACAGGAUCACAUGGGCUACCUGGACCAGUAUCCUAGGAGAUGAAGUUAUGGGAAUCUGGUCCAGACAUGCUGAGAAAGCGGAUGUCAACUGUGCCUGUGUAUCGCAUUCAGGAAUCAACCUUGCAACAGGAGAUGACUUUGGCAUGGUUAAAUUAUAUGAUUUCCCAUGUCCAGAAAAAUUCGCAAAGCACAAACGGUUCUUGGGUCACUCCCCCCAUGUGACAAAUAUUCGAUUUACCAGUGGUGAUCGCCAUGUUGUCAGUGCUGGAGGUGAUGACUGCAGUUUAUUUGUCUGGAAAUGUGUGCAUAUGCCUCACUGAAAGAUAUGGAUGCUGAGAAGACUCUACACACUAAAUCUUGAGAAACCAGAGUCGCAGGAAGGAAAAAAAAAAAACAAAACCAAACUCUAUGGUUAAGUGGUGCUAACUGAAGAUUGACAAUGAAAAAUGCCCAGAAUCAUAAAAACAGCAGACUGACCAGUUCAAAAUGCUUGCUCUAUGUAUCAACUGUCCAUAAUUCAUACACUGCCAGAUAAUUUACAUUUCAAGGAACAACUGAAUACGUAUCAUUAAAAGCAACCUUCCUUAUUGAAGAGUGUGCAAUUUUGACAGACCGGCCCAGGAGAUUGAGGGAAUUCCUUUAAAAAUAAUUCUUUUUCAAGAAAAACUUUCAAGGUUUUCUUUUUCAAUAAAAUAGUUCACCCUUGCAUUUCCAUUAGGAAAGGAAAAAAACAUCACCCUAAGUAUCAGUUUUCAAAAUGCAAACAUGUUCCUUAAGGAAACGCACAGGCAUUCCUGGAAAAUGCUUCUUACACAUUAAUGAAGUCCCUUUUCUUUCCCAAAGGGCACUUCUCCUUACAGCAGUAUAUGACUAUUACAUUUUCACUUUUGAGCUGUUAAAUCUUUUUGUGUUUAGACGCCAUCUCUAUAAAAUUUGAAACACAAUUUAUGGCCUCAUUAAUAGGAAAAUAAUACAGUGAGCACUUGUUUCAAUGGUUGUUUUCAAUGGUGUAGUUUCAAUGGUGUAGUUUUCUGAAGGUUCUGUGAUAGCAACAGCAUUUAACUGAAAGAUAAAACUGCAGAUUUAAAGGUGUGAACUAAUUAACAUAUGAAACAUUUGUUUAUUGUGUAAACAAAAGCAUCAAAUUUGUAACAAUGAGCAUGAAAUUUUAUAGUUUUGUAUUGAGAAAAGCUGUUAGAUGUAUGCCACUCUAUAGGCUAUUUUCCAAAAUGAAUGAACCCAGAUAUAUUUGAAAAAAUUAGAAUCCCUUUCACUUUAAAUGCUGCCAAAGAUCAGUACUCACCAUUCAGGAAUUUGCUGUUUAGCCUAUCUGUAGUUUCCUGAAGAUUAAAAAUCAUGUAGACUACUUUUUAAAAUAUAUUUUUCUAAGUUUGAAGACAUUAAAGAAGCACUACUGGUCCUAUCCAUUUUUAUUACACUGUAUGAAUAAUCUUUGUAGCAUAGAUUCCCCUCAGGCUUCUGGAAUUCUAUUUGGUUUAAUGACAACUGUUUUCUAUGGUGAAAAUAUUGUGAAUAUGAAAAGCAAAUGAACGUAUCACAUAGAAAGUCUAAGCAGUGACUGAAUCUGCUGUUUUAAAGCUGAAGACCAGAGGACUGAUGAAGAGGCUACAAAAGGCUUAAAACAAGACUAGACUUCCACUGCUCAUAAAGAAUUCUUCUCAAUCAGGCCAUGUUUUAGAAUGCAUUGAUAUUAUAUAAAGUGGUAGUCAGUAAAGAACUCCCAUAAAAAAAGAAUGGUUCAAAUUUAAGCAUGUUGUUUUAAACUUUUCCCUCUGGGUAAAGUUUGGCAGGUUUUAGUUACAGAAAAUUCUCGGUUCAAUUAUAAUACAGGUAAAACUCCACGUUAAGCAGUAAAACAGCUGCCACUGCAUUCUUAUCCUUUUACCUGGCCAACCUGGUCAAUCAGUCCAGGCCAUUGCAGUCAUCAGUUUCAUGACUAAGGUCAAGUUGACUUGUCAUCUUGUGACCACCUUGCUGUAUUAGCCAACAACUAAAGGUGAAGAAAGGUGACAAACCAUAUAGAAUCUCCCCUCUAUUUUUUUAACCCAGAGAAUCAUUAUUUUUGUGUAUGUGUGUGUAGUGCCCAAAUAAGCUGCUGUAGUUAUAGCCCAAGAUUGCUGACUUACUGUAGUCCCAUUUGUUUUCUAUGUAAAUGCAUGCCAAAGCACACAGCAGAGUCUGAAACGCUGCAUUAUCGCCAACCAUGCUCAUUCCUUUUCUGUGUGUCUUUUUAUGGUGUUGGACAAACAAGUGUUUUUAGGAGUCAAGAGUUAGCCUGUCUAUAAACCACAGAAUCUAAACAAUACCUUUCAAACGUGGGGCUAGGGCAUGUAGCUCAGUUGGUAGAGCAUUUGCCUAGCAUGCAUGAAGCCCUGGGUUCAUCCGUAGCAUUUGAGAAGUGGAAGCAGAGAAUCAGAAAUUAAGGUCAUCCUUGGCUACAUAGUUCCAGGCUAGCGUGGGAUACAUGAGACCCUAUCUU